AUGGCGGCGGAGGCGGCGGAUUCGUGGGACGCCGACAGCUUCGAGGUGGUGGAGCCGGUGGCGAAGCGGCUGGUGCCGGCAGUGGCCGUGGACCGCUGGGCCGGCGAGGAUGAGGAGGACGACGUGAAGGAUAACUGGGAUGAUGAGGAAGAAGAGGAGGAAGUGAAGGAGACAGAGAUAAAACAAGAACCCAAAGUUUCAGAAAAAAAGAAAAUAGCAGAAAAAAUAAAAGAGAAAGAAAAGCUACAGAAGAAAAAGCAAGAGGAGCUGAAAAAGAGGUUAGAGGCACCAGAGGAACACAAAGAGCUUACACCAGAAGAACAGUUAGCAGACAAACUACGACUAAAGAAGUUACAAGAGGAGGCAGACCUGGAGUUAGCAAAAGAAACCUUUGGUGUAAAUAACACUUGUGGAAUAGAUGCCAUGAAUCCCUCUUCUAAAGAAGACUUCACGGAAUUUGGCAAACUGCUCAAAGAGAAAAUCUCCCAGCAUGAGAAAUCUUUACAUUACGCCAGCUUCUUGGAAGCCUUAGUUCGGGACCUCUGCAUUUCCUUGGAAGUUGAUGAUUUGAAAAAGAUCACAAAUACUCUGACAGUACUAUGCAGUGAAAAGCAAAAGCAAGAAAAGCAGAAUAAAGCCAAAAAGAAGAAAAAAGGUGUGGUGCCUGGAGGUGGUUUAAAGGCGACGAUGAAAGAUGACCUGGCUGAUUACGGAGGCUACGAUGGAGAAUACGUACAAGACUUUGAAGACUUCAUGUGACACUGAUCUCCCCUUCUGUUGUCUUUCUGUUGCCCAUAAUCCCUUAAACAUGUAGCACAACUUCUCUUCCUUUUCAAUUCUGCCAAAUGCUACAAUCAGAGUUGCAGUAUCUCUGUGCUGGUGGCUUCACUCUUGAUGGGCUUCCUGCUCUGCGGGUGGGGGGUUAGGAUGAAGACAUCUGAAAACUUCUUAAGUUACAGCUUAAAAAAAACCCCAAAAUUCUGAUGAUGGUAACUGUUGCUGUUUGGGUUUGUAGUGACAGCCACUGAAAUUGGGAGAUGAAUCUGAACAGGGUGAAGUAUUCCUGCCAGCACAGCUCAGUGACAUGGCCUUAACUGUACCUCCGUGGUGGACAGAAGCAGUUUGCAGCAAGGGCAUGGUGUGCACUUAGUGUUACAAUUGCUUUGUCUUGACUUAGAGCUUGAGGUGGUGUGAAAGGGAACUGCUAACUUCAGAGUGAGGAUCUGCACCAGGCAAGGCAGCCAGGCUCCACAUCCAAGUGGGUCAGAAAAUUAUUUCUUUGGUGAGUUGGGGUGGGAAAUAAAUUGCAGUUUGUGUCUGGGGCAUGAAGUUGAGUUUUCAUUCACCUCCAUUUCUACUAAUGCAGCUGUAGGGGUUGGGUGUUUUCUAACAGUAUCAGAAAGCUCUCCUGGGUUGUGGUUGGGCUCUCACCACUUGGCCAUUUUCUUUCAUUAAGAAAAAACAAAACAAAACAAAAAUCACACCCCAACAACAACAAAUCCCAAACCAAACUUGCUUUAGCAAACUGCAGCAGUUACUACAGUUGGGCAAAUUGUUAUGUUAACAAUUAUGACAUCUGCAAUGUUUUAUAAAGCAACUAAUUUAAUAAAAAUCACUAU